AUGUUCUGGAGAUUUGGCGGCUACGCCAACAUCUCCACCAUCGACACCAUCCUCGAGAAGCCCGACUUCCAGCUCGAGGACCUGCUCGACGAGAGCGACCUGAUCCAGGAGCUUAAGCAGCACAACACCAAGCUCAUCGAGUACCUGCGCGAGGAGGCCGUCCUCGAGAAGCUGCUCGAGUAUGUCGUCGCUCCCAAGCUCGAGCCCGUCGAGAACCCGGACGACGACAAGGACAAGGACAAGGACAAGGACGAUGACGAGCGCAAGGGCAAGCUGAUCCUGCCCUUCGGCCGCCCCCGCGCCUCGUCAAAGUCCACCAACGAUGGCGAGCCCGACGAGGACGAGGGCGAGAAGAAGCGCAACCGCUACGCCUACGUCGCCGCCGAGGUCCUGUCCUCGGACAACUGGAGCAUCUACGAGGCCCUCAUGGAGAGCACCUCCCUCCUGCGCAACUUCUGGAACUUCCUCAAGCUGCCCGCGCCCCUCGACCCCCUCCAGGCUAGCUACUUCACAAAGGUCAACGAGUCUCUCUUCGACAAGAAGACGGAGGAGAUGCUGCUCCUGCUCAAGUCUCUCGACAACGCCAUUCCCGACAUGCUACGCCACGUCGACUGCCCCAUGAUCAUGGAUCUGCUGUUGAAGAUUAUCAGCCUCGAGCGCAUCGACAGUGGACAAGGCGUAGUCGAGUGGCUAUUCACCAAGGACGUCAUGCCAACAUUGCUGUCCUUCCUCGGCCCUGAGCACAGCUGGGCAACCCAGACCUCUGCUGGUGAUUUCAUGAAGGCAAUCAUUACCGUGUCCGCCAAUGCUUCUCAGAAUGAGCAGGCUUGCAUUGGCCCCAACGAGCUCACCCGGCAGCUGGUAUCCAAGCCCUGUGUGGAGCAGCUCAUCAACUACAUGCUCGGCGGGGGGAACCCCUUGACUGUGGGCGUGGGCAUUAUCAUUGAAGUCAUCCGCAAGAAUAACUCGGACUACGACCCCGACGUCGGUCCUGACAACAGUGCCACGCCCUCGAGUCGUGACCCCAUCUACCUCGGCACCCUCUUGAGGAGGUUCGCCGACCAUGUCCCUGAUUUCAUGAAUCUGAUCAUGAACGCUACUUCCACCAAGCAGCACAUCGACUCGACUUUUAACGACGAAAUCGAGCCCCUUGGCUUUGACAGGUUCAAGACGUGUGAGCUCAUGGCUGAACUGUUGCACUGCAGCAAUAUGGCUCUACUCAACGAGGUUGGAUCCGAGCAAGUCAUAGCGCUGCGUGACGAGGAACGGAAGAGGCUGCGGGCCGAAGGCAAGCUCGUCCCCAUGCGCGCCGAUGAGCCGCACUCCUCGGCCGAGGACCUCACCAUGCGCGGUCGUCACUCUUCGCCAGAUGACGGUCGCCGUUUGGAAGUAACCAACGCAUCUGACGACGACGGUUUUGAAGAGGUAACGCCCUCGGGAGAAAUGACCGAAGACACUUCUCAUGAGUUCGUCAAGGCCGAGGACGAGAUCCCUGCUCCUGCGUCAUCAUCCUCAUUUCUCGAUAAGGACGACGAUGACGACUUUGUCGAUGAGCCUCUCAGUUCUCCCAGGCUGAACGUCCAGGACGCCAAGGUCAACGAUCUGCCCGAGUUUGAGAACCCUGAGCUGGUCGUCGCGCCCUUGUCGCCAAAGAAGGUGGCUGUCCGAAGUGUUGCCCCGACAAGCGAUGGCCCUAGUUCAGAUUCUGCCGAAGCACCCGAGAAGCCAUCUGAAGUCGUAGAAGACACGAAGGCGCCCGAGCCUGCCGCGUCGGCGACAUUGGGGGACAAGGUCCCAGAAGAACCUGAAAAGUCAGAGCUCGAGCCCGGUCAUGCUACAGACGAGUCGAAACCCGACCCCCAGGCUGAAACCUCGGAAUCACACUCAACACCGGAGGGCAAGGAUGAAGAGACUACGACGGCACCUGUCGACCUUUCUGCUACUCCUGAGUCAGCCAAGGAGACCGCGGAGGAGCCCAGCCAGGUCCAACCGGGUGCUUCUGAGCAAGAAGCUGCACCGACAGCGGAGACCGGAGAUGGAUCGAUUAUCGUUGGCCACGAGCCGGCGCCCCCACCGUCCACCGACGAUGAUCAGAUGAAGCCAGUCGUGGGCGAUUAUCUCAAGAUGCAGUUCGUUGAGUACAAGGUCGUCCCCACCAUCUUGUCCUUCUUUUUCAAGUAUCCUUGGAACAACUUCCUGCACAAUGUCGUCUAUGACAUUGUCCAGCAGGUCUUCAACGGCCCCAUGGAUCGUGGCUACAACCCCACAUUGGCCAUUUCGCUCUUUGAAGCUGCGGACGUGACCAAUGCCAUCAUCAAUGGCCAGACCGCCAGCGAGAAGUCGCAGGCCGAGUCCAAGACCCGCAUGGGAUACAUGGGACACCUGACCCUCAUCGCCGAGGAGGUUGUCAAGUUUACCGAGCGGAACCCUCCCGAGCUCCUGUCUGAGCUUGUGCUUGAUCGAGUCAUGAGCCAGGACUGGAUCAACUACGUUGAAGGCGCCCUAGCGGAGACGCGUGAGAGAGAUAAUGCCAUUCUCGGCGGCGUUCGACCCGAGGUAGCUAUGAGCAAUCGCGCGGCAAUGGCUGGCAACGGGCUCGGUGGCAUGGGGCUCUCCAGCUUGGGACUUGGCAAUUCUCAAGGCCAAUCAAGUGCUCUGGCCGAGGCCGGCCUUAAUGGGGGCGGCAGCAUGGAUAUGCAAGACAACGGGAGCGCCAGCAAUAUGUCACACUUCAGCAUCACUAGUGGAAUGGUGAACUCUGGCUUUGGCAGCUCCAGUGACGAGGAUGAGGACGAGUCUGAGGAAAACGAAGAGGACGUCAACAAUGAGUUUCAACGGUACACAGGCUCUCUGAAUGAUUCAUCAUCACUGGACCCACCGUCUAUCCCGCCGCCUCCCCCUCCUCCACCUCCGUUGAACAUUCCUCCGUCCCGAGCUCGCCUCCAGCUGGCGGCCCGCCUGGCCAUGCAUCAGAAGAACGCUAACGUUGCUACUGCUCAGUCGGCAGAGAUUGAGGGCGUAGAGGAUGACGAUGCCGAGCACGCAUUGACGAGGGAACCAGACAGCAUACUGCACAACCCCUUCGGUGACGACGCUGAAGACGUGGAUGACGAUAGUGACGAUGGCCUUGGUGAUGACGAUGGCUCCUCUGGGUCAUGGAAUUCUCACGCUCGCGGCAGCUGGUGGCGCAAUGCACUUUCGCGGAACCGCAAUGAAAAGUUCGGGGAUGGCCGCGACGAUUCCGACUCGGACAAUGAUCAAGGAGACAACGACGAUGAAGACGAAGAGUUUGGCGACUUUGCCAUGCCUGAGAAAGACGGCAGCGACAAUGAGAGGAACAACGUCAUAGUGAAGCCUCUCCCCGUACACCCGCCAAGCCAAAACCAGAAGAGCUCAGCCUUCACCAGCCUCUGGCCAUUUAGUGGGCAGGGCUUUGGAUCCAAGGACAAGGACAAGGACCAGGCGAAGGAAGGCGAGGCGGAGAAGACGGACCAGCCCGACGAGAUCACGGGUGAUGACGGCGAGAAGAUCAAGAGCACUCAUGAGGCUAAGGCCCGCACGAGUAUCGAGGAUGCGGACGAGGAAGAGGUUGUCGUCUAG